CAAGUCACCAAUCGCCUAACGCGGCCACGUUUUACCUACUGAUCUGGGUCCAUUCUUAGUACAAUUGUCUUGGCCUUUUUUUCUAUCUCGGUCCAUGGCGAGGCGACCGGACGGGGGGCCGAGACGUCGGUCCGACAUACCCCCACGGGGACAUAUAUAUAGCGCUAAGAAGGUAGUUCUAGCGAAGAAAACGAGAUAGGUAGAUUAUGUUCACGACUACCCACGAGCGACUUUCAACAUCCACAUAGACACCUAGGAUAUAUUUAUACUCCCGAAGCCUCUCUGAAGCUAUUUGCCCCUCGUCCGUACGUCGCGAAUAGGAACGAUGGCCUCGUCGUCACGCCUCUUUCAACCGCUCAAAGUGGGCAGGGUCACCCUCCAGCACCGCCUGGCGAUGGCUCCGAUGACACGCUUCCGAGCUGAUGCCAACCACGUCCCCCUCCCCUCCGUGAAGGAGUACUACGAACAGCGCGGCGCUGUACCGGGGUCCCUUCUUAUCACGGAAGGGACCUUCAUCACCAAACGGGCCGGCGGCUACAACUUCGCCCCCGGAAUCUGGUCGCAGGAGCAGAUUGCGGCGUGGAAAGAGGUCACGGACGCCGUCCACGCCAAGGGCUCCUUCAUCUAUGUACAACUGUGGGCCCUGGGCCGCACCGCCGAUCCGGAGGUCACCAAGGCCGACGGCGUCGAGUUACACUCCGCGAGCGCGAUCCCGUACGCCGAGGGCAAGCCGAUCCCGAAACCGCUGACGAUUGACGAGAUCCAAUCCUACGUGGCCGACUACGCGCAGGCGGCGCGCAACGCAAUCGAGGCCGGCUUUGAUGGCGUCGAGGUCCACGGCGCCAACGGCUACCUCCCCGACCAGUUCCUGCAGGACACGUCCAACCAGCGAGAGGACCGGUACGGCGGCAGCAUCGAGAACCGCGCGCGCUUCCCGCUCGAGGUGGUGAGCGCGGUCGUGUCGGCCAUCGGCGCGGACCGGACGGCGAUCCGGCUGUCGCCGUGGUCUACGUUCCAGGGCAUGCGCAUGGAAGACCCGAUCCCGCAGUUCACGUACCUGAUCCGGGAGCUGCGGAAGCUGAAGCUGGCGUACCUGCACGUGACGCAGGCGUACAGCCCGGACGACAGCCCACUGGAAGGGCCGGCCGAGAAGGCGACGUUCGCGGUCGAGGCGUGGGACAGCGAGGCGCCGGUGAUCAUCGCGGGCGGGCUGCAGCCCGACAGCGCGCGCGCCCUCGUCGACGACGAGCAGAAGCACCGCAACGUGAUCGCGGGCUUCGGCCGCUCGUGGAUCUCGACGCCGGACCUGCCGUUCCGCCUCAAGCACGGGAUCCCGUUCGCGCCGCACGACUACACCAAAUUCUAUAGCGCGGGCGCACCCGAGGGCUACAUCGAUUACCCGUUCAGCGAGCAGUUCGCCAAGACCCUGAAGCUGUAGGGAGGGAGGGGAGCCGCGGCGGCGGAUUAGCACGACAGGAUGCGCCGACUCGUGAUAGAGCAAAGCGGCGGCUUCUACCCACACACUCCGUCGUCCGACAGCCGUGUUGCGACUGGUCGUAAGUGGCUGCAUGGUGGAGCAGGCAUAGGGCGACGCCACGGCGGGGGAGGAGGAAGAGGGGUAACACGCGUUACCGCGAAGCCGUUUCUUGGGCGUCUAAGAUUGCAUAGGCGCACGCGAAGGG